GUCCAUCUUUCCAUGACAUUCAUUCAGUUUUCUCACUUGCUACCUAGCAGGUAGCCCAUAGCCACAAUGCCUCCAAAGUCACUUCACGGCAUAGAUCGUGACGUCUACCAAAUUAUCAGAAAACUUGAGGAUGACCAUGAGCGCAAUAACUCCGAUAAGGACGGGAGCAAGCCACUGAAGUUUACUAUAUCUGGCGUCUACGACUCUAUCAAGCGCUCCAACUCCAGUCUCGGGCGUUUAAAAAAGCGACCACUAGAAGACUCUAUUGAGAGAGUCCUCCGCAUACGGAAAGAAGAACGAAAGGAAGAAGACGAAGAAGAGGCUUUAGAGGAAGCUUCCAUGGACUCGCCAAAACCCAAGGAACGAGACUAUUUUAUGCUGAACAAGCAAAUGACCAAAUCCUGGGAUGUACCCAGGAACCACUUAGGGACACCCCCAGAAGCAAGCAACAUAUGUGGUACCGCCCCAAGAGUUGAUACGACCGCGGGAUCAACCACUGUCGAGAGACAGCCUAAUGGAGAAGCUAGAUCGAAAAGGCGAAAGUACGAAAAACCUAAAGAGGAUCGCACUCCUCCCAGCGACGUCUCUCUACUCGAUCUCGGUGGUAUGGAUGACGCUAUCAGAGUUCUCGCUGAAUCAGUUACCUUUCCUAUGCGAUUUCCGGAAAUCUGCUUAGAAAACGAUUUAGAGGCUACUCGAGGCGUUCUGUUACAUGGACCACCCGGCUGUGGAAAGACCAUGCUCGCGAACGCUUAUGCUGCCUCGCUUGGCGUGGCGUACAUACCGGUUUCGGCUCCUUCGCUAGUCGCUGGUAUGUCCGGCGAGUCUGAGAAGAAGAUUAGAGAACUAUAUGAUGAAGCAAAAUCACUUGCGCCGUGUCUCAUCUUCAUCGACGAGAUUGAUGCUAUUAUGGGGAAGAGAGAAAAUGCGCAGAGGGAGAUGGAAAAAAGAAUAGUGGCGCAGAUGUUAACCUGCAUGGAUGACUUGGCACCCCAAAAAUUGGGAGGCAAGUUUGUCGUGACAUUGGCCGCGACGAAUCGACCAGACAGCAUUGACCCGGCUCUUCGAAGAGCAGGACGAUUUAACCGAGAGAUAAGUCUUGGUAUACCGAACGAAGCCUCCCGUGAGGCUAUUCUACGAAAGAUGCUGUGUAACAGCAAAGUUUCAUCAGAUUUUGACUACAAACUAAUAGCGAAGAGAACCCCUGGCUUCGUCGGUGCCGAUUUGAAGGACGUCGUUUCUGUUGCCAAGAACGAAAUGGUCAGAGCUACUAUGUCCGAGCUGGCAUAUGCUGGAUCUGAAGAGAUGGACCUUGAUCCAGAGCUCGACGUUGACCUUGAGCCGAACGUCAAUCCGGAUCAAAAUAUCUCGCCAGGACUUCGGCUACAUCUUUCAAUAAUGUCGGCUCCUACUGAGGCCGUGUCUAAAGAUAAGCUUAUGCUCACAAUGGAACAUAUGCUUAGCGCGAUCGAGAAAGUCCAACCGUCUAGUAAGAGGGAAGGCUUCACUACGAUUCCGGAUACAACUUGGGCACAUAUCGGCGCUCUUCACGACGUUCGGAAGCAACUCAUGCUCUCUAUAGUAAAGCCUAUCCAGAGCCCAGAACGAUUCAUCAACAAGGGUCUUGAGGCUCCCUCGGGCGUGCUUUUAUGGGGACCCCCUGGAUGUGGUAAAACUCUACUAGCGAAAGCAGUAGCAAACGAGUCAAAGGCAAAUUUUAUCUCCGUUAAGGGCCCGGAACUUCUGAACAAGUAUGUGGGCGAAUCAGAACGCUCGGUCCGUCAGGUAUUCAGCCGGGCGCGCUCAUCUGCUCCGUGUAUUCUAUUUUUUGAUGAGCUGGAUGCUUUAGUACCCCGGCGUGAUGGGAGCGGAUCCGACGCCAGCGCAAGAGUUGUUAAUCAGCUUUUGACGGAGCUCGACGGCAUUAAUAGUCGGUUAGGUGUCUACGUUGUUGGGGCUACAAACCGACCGGAUAUGAUCGAUCCAGCUAUCCUACGCCCUGGUCGAUUAGGAACAAAUAUCUUCGUGGACCUUCCCGACGCAGAUGGACGAGUUGAUAUUCUGAAAACUCGCAUGAGGCGUCUAUUGCCCUCUUACACGGAUCAUGACACCUUGGAAGCUGUGGCUCGCGACCCACGGUGCACUGGAUUCAGCGGUGCCGAUAUAGAUAACCUACACGUGGCAGCCGGUCAGGCUGCGGUGGAGCGCGCUGAUGUUAGCGGUCCGGACGUGCUCACCCCUGAGGACUGGGAAGCUGCUCUUAGGAAGAUCAAGCCCAGCGUAUCCCUUGGUCACUCGACUAAGUUUAGAGAGCUGAAAGACCUAGGUUGGGACUGAUUUGCAAUACCCUAUGCCAUGAAAGCAAAACGAUACCAUAUAAUCUAAGAGAUUUGAUCAUAACUUCAUAUGACUCGAGAGCAUUGAAUC